AAAUGAAGCUGCUGCUAUUGCUAAUUUGGAAGAGCUGUAAUAAUGAUCUGCGAUAAUGACUGUCGUCAACUUGCUUCCCCAUCAGUUUCUAUAUUGUGCAUGGCAGCUGAUGGCAAAACCCUUGUUCCUUUGCGUCAGAAGACAAGAAAGAAAAAUCAAGAAAUUUGUGGCAUGAGCCGUCGAAGGAUCUCAUGUAAGGACCUAGGGCUAGCUGAUUGUCAGGGAUGGCUGUACAAGAAAAAAGAAAAAGGAGGAUUUAUUGGCAACAAAUGGAAAAAGUUCUGGUGCGUCCUGAAGGCUUCAUCAUUGUAUUGGUACAGCAGUCAGUUGGCGGAAAAAGCUGAAGGAUUUAUCAGCCUUCCCAACUUCACAGUGGAGCAAGCAACAGAAUGCAAGAAAAAGCAUGCCAUGAAGAUCAUCCAUCCACACAUCAAGACAUUUUAUUUUGCAGCAGAAAGUACAGAGGAAAUGAACAUGUGGCUAAAUAAACUAGGCCUAGCUGUCUCUGAUGACCAAGCCAAUAAAAAGAAUGAAGAAGAGUGCUAUAGCGAAAGUGAGCAUGAAGAUCCAGAAAUAAAUGCAGAGACGCCACCACCUCCAUAUUCAGAUCAGCUGCUGUCUUCUCAGUCGAAGGACCAGCGAGAGGCUUCCUUAACAUCAUGUGUAUCAAGUGAAGCAUCAUGUUAUUUGUCCUCGCCGGAAAGCACUGUGAUGAAAUCCCAAGGUUCCUCAUCUUCUUCUUCGUUGUCCAAAGCAUUACAUUCAGAGAGACAAUCAUGGCUUGACUUUGUUAAUAGUUCUUCCAUUGGGGAAGAGGCAGGCAACCUAUCUUCAGCUGCUUCUGGUGACUUUGACAGCACAGAUCGCCUGGCAAUAGACUGUCAUGAGACAAUGGGAAGUGGUACUGCUAAACCUGAGGGCAGCUUUCGGAUUUCUUUAGCUGAAGGUACAUCUUCAUUAGAUAGCACCAAAGACAACCUGUCUGUUCCUGGAGAAAUUGCAUCAAAAAUUCUAUCAAAAGAUCGUGCAAAAUCCUCCGAAGAUGAAAUGGAGAAACUUUACAAGUCUUUAGAGCAAGCAAGUUUAUCUCCUAUUGGGGACCGCCGGCCUUCUACAAAAAAAGAGCUGAGAAAAUCCUUUAUCAAAAGAAGCAAAAACCCAUCAGUGAAUGAGAAACUCCACAAAAUCCGAGCACUGAACAGUACAUUAAAGUGCAAAGAACAUGACCUGGCCAUGAUUAACCAGUUGCUGGAGGACCCCAAGCUAACAGCAAGGAAAUUCAGAGAAUGGAAAACUACAAAUACCAUGUUGGUUCAGGAUAUCUAUCAGCAGCAGGAUGUGCUGAACAUGUCUCAAGAAAAUGUUACAGAAUCAGAAUUGGCAAUGCAGCCAUCCUUCAUUGAAAGUACCAUCUGAAAACAGUGGGUUGGCGGCAACAAUUUUCUUCACUUACUAAUAGUUUAAGCUGCUAUCACUUCAAGUUUUGGUUUUCCAAGGAGGUCAUUGCUUCAUGUAAUGGAAAACUGAACCCAUUCUCCAGAGCACUAUUUCCUUCCUUAAUAUUCCAUUAAGAUAGAAAGCUGCCAUCUAAGUGAUCACAUCAUGAAGCUAGUCUUGGUGAAAUUCUGAGGAUAUUUACCUGAUGGACUGGAUUUUUUGCCUCCAUAAAAAGAAUUCCUAAGCAAGUGCAGUAUCUGGACAUUUUAAUGUGUUUGUACAUAUUGUAAAUAAAAGGUCUUGGCUAUUUUAAAUGUUCUUGAAGGAAGCAACAAGUUGGGGAGAUGCUAUCAGGAUAAAGCUAAAAUAACACAUACCAUUUUCCAAUGGUGCCAAUUAAAAUUUUAAUCCUUUAUGAUGAGAAGCUGUUUUAAGCACAGAGGAAAUAAAUCAAAUGACAAUAACUGUACUCUAGAAUGCCUUUUCAUAAUCAGUUCAGUAGUCGCCUUUUGCCGUCAUAAUGUCUCCAUAUUUAUUAAUGGCCCAAUUAUAGAUGUUUCCUGGCACCAUGAGGCAACAGUUGCAUUUGACCUGUUUUUCAUGACCAAAUAAAUUCUUCAAUAUUGCACAAAUAA